GUGGACCGAUCGGUUCUUCCGGUACGGGUGCAACACAGUACCAUUUGACUUCCUUCAAUAGCUCUGAAUGUGGGGACGGGACACCAGCUGAAGAAGUGUUCCAAUGAAGCCAUAUGAGAAGCAGCAGGAGGAGAAAGGGUGUGUGCAGUGUGUGAGCGAGCCAACUCUGUCACACACUGGAGCCUGAACAUCAGGUGCGAAGGACAGAGGGACUCAGACAGAACUACAAACAUUGUCUUGCUGUGAAACAUACACAUAUUUCAACCUGCAUCUUUCCAUAAUACGAGUAGGCAUGGCUGAAACAGACACGUUUCGAAAAGAUGCAACAGACUGCCAACAAUAUAUUUGUUUAAGGGAUCUCAAAAAUGAGGAUGACAAAGAUAAAAAAACAAAAGACCAAACACCAACAGUCCCCAAAGUUGGCCCUAUUGAAGUGUUCAGGUUUGCAGUUGGCAGAGACAUUGUUCUAAUAGUCUUUGGGACCUUAAUGUCGGUGGCCCAUGGAUCAGCCAUGCCUUUUUUGUGUGUUGUGUUUGGAGAAAUGACGGAUACCUUCAUACAUCUCUCUGUAUAUCAAAACAACACCAGCGACCACAAUUCCACCGCCAUGAUUUUUAACGCAACCUUUCAGGAGGCGAUGGCCAUCUACGCUGUCUAUUUCUCCAUCAUAGGGGCCUUGGUGCUGGUGGCUGCCUACAUGCAAUUUGCCUUCUUUACAAUAUCAGCUGCAUGGCAGGUCCAACGCAUUCGCAAGCGUUUUUUCCACAGCAUCAUGCGACAGGACAUUGGCUGGUUUGAUGUCAAUGACACAGAAGAGCUCAACACUCAUCUCACAGAAGAUGUCUACAAGAUCCAAGAAGGUAUUGGAGACAAAGUGGGGAUGUUGCUCCAAUCCAUUUCCACCUUCAUCUUUUCCUUUGUUGUUGGCAUACGCAAAGGAUGGAAGCUCACUCUGGUCGUCCUGGCUAUCUGCCCCUUGUUAGGUCUUACAGCUGCACUUUUCAGUGGGAUGCUGACAUCAUUCACAUCUAAAGAACAGGCUGCCUAUGCUAAAGCAGGGGCCGUGGCACAGGAGGUACUUUCUUCGAUCAGAACUGUGUUUGCUUUCAGUGGUCAGCAGAAAGAGAUUGACAGGUAUCAAAAGCACUUGGAGUAUGCUAAGAAAAUGGGAUUAAAGGCAACGUUGAGUGCUAAUGUUAUCAUUGGGUUCACUUAUUUGAUGUACUUCUUGGCUUUUGCUCCAGCCUUCUGGUAUGGGAGCACACUCAUUCUGAGUAAUGAGUACACUGUGGGAACUGUCCUCGCAGUUUUAUUUUCUUUGCUUCUUGGAGCGUUUGCAUUGGGUCAGACGUCACCUAACAUCCAAUCUUUUGCCAGUGCUCGAGGAUCUGCAUACAAGGUGUACAACAUCAUUGACAAUAAACCAAGCAUCGACAGCUAUUCAGAACACGGCUACAAACCUGACCGUAUCAAUGGAAUCAUUGAGUUCAGGAACAUCCACUUUAACUACCCCUCGAGGCCAGAAGUCAGAGUAUUAAACAACUUAUCCCUGAGUGUGAAGAGUGGACAGACCAUUGCCUUAGUAGGAAGAAGUGGUUGUGGAAAAAGCACCACAAUCCAGCUGUUGCAGAGGUUCUACGAUAUUCAAGAGGGGUCUAUAUAUUUUGAUGGCCAUGACAUCCGUUCUCUGAAUGUCCGCUACCUGCGAGAGAAAAUUGGAGUGGUGAGUCAAGAGCCUGUCCUUUUUGCUACCACCAUCGCAGAGAACAUUCGAUACGGACGAACCGACGUGACGCAGCAGGAGAUAGAGCAAGCUGCCAUGGAGGCCAACGCUUAUGACUUCAUAAUGAACCUUCCUGAUAAGUUUGAGACACUGGUUGGCGAUCGAGGGACUCAGAUGAGUGGAGGACAGAAGCAAAGAAUCGCAAUUGCUCGAGUUCUUGUCCGUAACCCCAAAAUCCUUCUGCUGGAUGAAGCAACAUCUGCUCUUGAUGCCGAGAGUGAAACUGUGGUACAAUCUGCACUGGACAAGGUCAGACAGGGUCGGACCACCAUAAUUGUGGCCCAUCGCCUCUCAACUAUCAGAAACGCUGAUAUCAUUGCUUGCAUACAAAAUGGAGAGGUUGUUGAGUUGGGGACUCAUAGUCAGCUGAUGGAAAAACAGGGUGUCUAUCACACUCUAGUCACUAUGCAGACAAUUCAAAAAGCAGAGGAGAGGGAUGAGUUUCAGCAGCAUGAAAAGACACCACCGUCCAUAACUAUCUCAGCAUUUUCUUUGCAAAAAAGGACGUUUUCCUUUGCUUCUUCAGAUUCUUCAGAGGGGAAAAAAGAAGAGAAAGAAACGUUGUUACAUGCUACAGAAAACACAGUGGAUGUAGAAUUGGAUGAACAUUUUCCACUUGUGUCAUUCCUCAAAGUGAUGCGUUUCAACCUUCCCGAAUGGCCUUACUUUUUGUUUGGAAGCAUCUGUGCUGCACUCAAUGGAAUAAUGCAGCCUAUGUUUGAUGUCAUCAUCACCAAGUUCAUUGUUGUGUUUUCAGGAUCUGAUCAAGAGGAGAUCAGAAAAAACUCUGUGUUCCUUUCCCUGAUGUUUGCUGUUAUUGGAGUUGUAACUUUUUUCACCGUAUUUUUUCAGGGUUUCUGUUUCGGCAUAGCUGGAGAGAUCCUGACUAUGAAACUGAGAGAUGCAUCAUUCAAGGCAAUGUUGAGCCAGGACCUUGGCUGGUUUGAUAACCCUAAUAACAGUGUUGGCGCUCUCUCAACAAGGCUGGCCUCUGAUGCUACUCAAGUACAAGGGGUUACGGGAUUACGUUUGGCCGCCCUCGUCCAAAAUAUUGCUAGCAUGACAACCUGUCUGAUUGUUUCCUUUUUGUAUGGCUGGGAACUAAGUCUGCUCUUACUAGUCAUAGGUCCGGUCAUGAUAGCAGGUGGAAGUGUGCAGGCGCACUCGAUAGCUGGGCACACUAGAGAGGACAUGAAGGAGCUGGAGAUGGCUGGAAAGAUUUUUACAGAAGCCACUGACAAUAUCCGUACUGUUGCAUCUCUGACCAGAGAGCCAUUGUUUGAGUUUUUGUACCAUAAUAACCUCAGAGUUCCAUUCAGGAACUCCCUCAUAAAAGCCCAUGUGCAGGGUGUAGCCUUCAGCAUAUCCCAAGCCAUGCUAUACUUUGCUUAUGCUGGAUGUUUCUACUUUGGAGCUUGGCUUAUUGACGAAGGACGAAUGGAUCUUGAGGGCGUUUUCUUAGUUGUGACGGUGCUUUUAUAUGGUGCUAUAUCUAUUGGAGAGACCAAUGCUUUCACUCCUAACUAUGCCAAAGCCAAAAUAUCAGCCGCUCGCAUUAUGGUGCUUCUGAAAAGACAGACAGCUAUUGAUAAUCUCUCAGAAGAAGGACAGACACUGGACCAAUUUGAUGGCAAUGUGCAAUUUGAGGGUGUCAAGUUUAAUUACCCCUCACGCCCUAAUGUGUCUGUCCUACGAGGGCUGAAUCUGAAGGUGUGCAAAGGAGAGACAUUGGCACUGGUAGGAAGCAGUGGCUGUGGAAAAAGCACAACCAUCCAACUUCUGGAGAGGUUCUAUGACACCACGCAUGGAACAGUGAUGCUUGAUUCCAAGAGUGUAAAAGAGCUGAACAUCCACUGGCUGAGGUCUCAGAUAGGUAUUGUGUCCCAGGAGCCUGUGCUGUUUGACUGUAGCUUGGCUGAAAACAUCGCCUAUGGAGACAACAGUCGCACUGUAACUAUGGAGGAGAUUAAGGCAGCUGCUGAGGCAGCCAACAUUCACAGCUUCAUUGAAAACCUGCCAAAUAAGUAUGACACUCAGGCAGGCGACAAGGGGACCCAGCUGUCAGGUGGUCAGAAACAACGAAUAGCCAUAGCCCGAGCCAUCCUCCGCAACCCCAAACUGUUGCUUCUGGAUGAAGCCACGUCUGCACUCGACACUGAGAGCGAGAAGGUGGUGCAGGAGGCGUUGGACAAAGCAAGGCAGGGCAGGACAUGUAUCGUUAUAGCCCACCGUCUGUCCACCAUCCAAAACGCAGACCUCAUUGCUGUCAUUAAAAACGGUUUGGUGGUAGAACAAGGAACACAUCAACAACUGUUAGCCAAAAAGGGAGUCUAUCACAUGCUGAUCUCGACCCAAAUGGGUCAUGGACGAGAAGACACACAUUGAUUUAAAUUAUUUUAAGAGGUCUAAAAAGACAGUCUGAGGCUUCUAAUUUCAGUUAAAUAGUAGUUGGCUGUGUUGUUAUGAGUACGUUUUGUCCAUUAGUCAGUCCCUUCAGGAUUUCGCAAUGUUGCGAUUCAGGCAAAUUCAACCAAUCCCAGCGAAUUAUGCAUGGCUUCGCAACUUUGUCCAAUCCCGUGAUUUUUCCCCACAUUUUUGCCAAUAAGCUUUGGCCGAUAGUCAAUAAGUCAAUUAAUCGAACGCUAACAAGCGGUAAAAUAUGGAUGGAUGGAUGGAUGGAUAAAUAAAAAUGAACUCGAUAAAUUUGCCGGCAAGGAUAAAUUACGAUGUCCAUGUGUGUUUGUUUUCUUCCUCUCUCACUUGAAAGAGGGAGAAAGAGGUCUCACUAGGCCUGGGCCGAUAACAUAUUUUGCUUGACAAUAUAUUGACCUACAAAUUAUUGCAGAAAAACUAUAUUAUUGCCAUUAUUUUUAUGAGACCAUACAAACCAUUGAUGUAAUGAUAAUUCAUGAUAAUAUUGUAUGUAUAUCCUUACUAAUGCAAUGAACUUGUAUUUCUCAUUUAUUUUAACAUUGUAAUUGGAAUGUAAACGUUUUAAUCUCCAAGUUAAAUAAAACAAAUAUUACCAAUAAAAUAUAUUUUGUCUUUUAGCAAAUUUUGCACUUAAAUACAAAUCACAACUAAAAGCAACAUAUUUUAAAGAGGAGGUGUGGGGCAACUUAAACAAUAAAUAAAAUGGCAAAAUAAAGUAUUGACAAAGUUGAACUUUAAAGGCCUACUGAAAUGAAAUGUUCUUAUUUAAACGGUGAUAGCAGGACCAUUCUAUGUGUCAUACUUGAUCAUUUCGCGAUAUUGCCAUAUUUUUGCUGAAAGGAUUUAGUAGAGAACAUAGACGAUAAAGUUCACAACUUUUGGUCGCUGAUAAAAAAGCCUUGCCUGUACCGGAAGUAGCGUGACGUCACAGGUUGUGGAGCGCCUCACAUCUGCACAUUGUUUACAAUCAUGGCCACCAGCAGCGAGAGCGAUUCAGACCGAGAAAGUGACGAUCACCCCAUUAAUUUGAGCGAGGAUUUAAGAUUUGUGGAUGAGGAAAGUGAAAGUGAAGGAUUAGAGGGCAGUGGAAGCGAUUUAGAUAGGGAAGAUGCUGUGAGAGGCGGGUGGGACCUGAUAUUCAGCUGGGAAUGACUAAAACAGUAAAUAAACACAAGACAUAUAUACUGUAUACUCUAUUAGCCACAACACAACCAGGCUUAUAUUUAAUAUGCCACAAAUUAAUCGCGCAUAACAAACACCUCCCCCCUCCCGUCCAUAUAACCCACCAAUACAACUCAAACACCCGCACAACACACUCAAUCCCACAGCCCAAAGUACCGUUCACCUCCGUAAAGUUCAUACAGCACAUAUAUUUCCCCAAAGUUACGUACGUGACAUGCACAUAGCGGCACACACGUACGGGCAAGCGAUCAAAUGUUUGGAAGCCAAAGCUGCGUACUCACAGUAGCGCGUCUGCUAUCCAACUCAAAGUCCUCCUGGUUGUGUUUCUGUAGCCGGCCGCUAAUACACCGCUUCCCACCUACAGCUUUCUUCUUUGCUGUCUUCAUUGUUCAUUAAACAAAUUGCAAAAGAUUCACCAACACAGAUGUCCAGAAUACUGUGGAAUUUUGCGAUGAAAACAGACGACUUAAUAGCUGGCCACAAUGGUGUCCCAAUAUGUCCGCUACAAUCCGUGAUGUCACGCGCAAACGUCAUCGUACCGAGACGUUUUCAGCAGAAUAUUUCGCGGGAAAUUUAAAAUGGCACUUUACUAAUCUAACCCGGCCGUAUUGGCAUGUGUUGCAAUGUUAAGAUUUCAUCAUUGGUAUAUAAACUAUCAGACUGUGUGGUCGGUAGUAGUGGGUUUCAGUAGGCCUUUAAUAUUGAAUGUAUGAAUAUCUGGGCAGAUGUAAAGUUGUACAUUACUUAAAGGCCUACUGAAAUGAAUUUUUUUUAUUUAAACGGGGAUAGAAGAUCCAUUCUAUGUGUCAUACUUGAUCAUUUUGCGAUAUUGCCAUAUUUUUGCUGAAAGGAUUUAGUAUAGAACAACGUCGAUAAAGUUCGCAACUUUUGGUCUCUGAUAAAAAAAAACCUUGCCCCUACCGGAAGUAGCGUGACGUUGUCAGUUGUUCACUCCCUCAUAUUUUCCUAUUGUUUUCAACGCAGCUAGAGCUAUUCGGACCGAGAAAGCGACGAUUACCCCAUUAAUUUGAGCGAGGAUGAAAGAUUUGUGGACGAGGAACGUUAGAGUGACGGACUAGAAUACAGUGAAAUACAUAUUUUUUUCCGCUCUGACCGUAACUUAGGUACAAGCUGGCUCAUUGGAUUCCACACUCUCUCCUUUUUCUAUUGUGGAUCACGGAUUUGUAUUUUAAACCACCUCGGAUACUAUAUCCUCUUGAAAAUGAGAGACGAGAACGCGAAAUCGACAUUCACAGUGACUUUUAUCCCCACGACAAUACAUCGACGAAGCUCUUUAGCAUGAGCUAACGUGAUAGCAUCUGUCUCAAAUGCAGAUAGAAACAAAAUAAAUAAAUCCCUGACUGGAAGGAUAGACAGAAGAUCAACAAUACUAUUAAACCGUGUACAUGUAACUACACGGUUAAUAGAUCUCAGCCUGGCAAAGCUUAACAAUGCUGUUGCUAACGACGCUAAGGCUGACUUAGCAACUUAGCAACCGGACCUCACAGAGCUAUGAUAAAAACAUUAACGCUCCACCUACGCCAGCCAGCUCUCAUCUGCUCUGCUCAUCAACACCCGUGCUCACCUGCGUUCCAGCGAUCGACGGCGCGACG